UUCCUUUCCCAAACGCAACGUUGACACUGAAAAAAAAACAAUGUACGACCAUGUACAACAACUACUUUAAACUCCCAAGUAAUUGAAAACUACUCUUUUCUUAAACCGACAAAUUCACUCCCAUUUUCUCUCUUGAUACUAUGUUUUCCUGAGAAAAAUAAAAACAUCCUCAAAUUAAUUUUCUCGAGAAGAAAAAAACAUCCUCAAAACAUGUCGGACGCUUUGAUCAAUGGAUUGGCUGGAGCUGGAGGAGGGAUCAUUGCUCAACUUAUUACAUAUCCUCUUCAAACUGUGAAUACUCGUCAACAAACCGAUCGUGAUCCGAAGAAGGGCAAUAAGAAUCUUGGAACUUUUCAACAAAUGUGUCAGGUUGUGAAACAAGAGGGAUGGGAGAGGUUGUAUGGAGGCUUGGCGCCAUCACUUGUCGGUACAGCUACAUCUCAGGGUGUUUACUAUUAUUUCUAUCAAAUAUUCAGGAAUAGAGCUGAAGCAGCUGCACUAGAGAAUAUGAGACUAGGCAGUGGUGAUGGAUCAGUUGGAAUGUUCUCCUCACUUAUUGUUGCUGCUUUAUCCGGCUGUGUUAACGUGCUGUUGACAAAUCCGAUAUGGCUAGUUGUUACUCGUAUGCAGACGCAUAGAAAAGAGUCGAGGAAAACUCUCCCUGAUCCGAGGUUGUCAGGUGCCAUUGAACAAACAUCACUUUCUACUGUUGAGCCCCUUGCUUAUGGAACUAGCCAUGUGAUUCAAGAAGUUUAUGACGAGGCUGGAGUUUUGGGUUUCUGGAAGGGUGUAUUACCAACAUUGGUCAUGGUAAGCAAUCCUUCUAUACAGUUCAUGCUGUAUGAAACCUUGUUGGCGAAGUUGAAAAAAAGACGUGCUAGCAGUAGCGUAACUGCUUUAGAGAUAUUUCUUCUCGGAGCUGUCGCUAAGCUUGGAGCUACAGUUGUAACCUAUCCUCUUCUUGUUGUAAAGGCAAGGCUUCAAGCUAGACAAGUUAACAAUGGAGACAAGAGACACAAUUAUAAAGGUACACAGGAUGCUAUUAUUAAGAUGAUACGCUAUGAAGGGUUUAAUGGAUUUUACAAAGGUAUGGGAACCAAAAUUGUACAAAGUGUUCUUGCUGCAGCUGUUUUGUUUAUGGUGAAAGAAAAACUAGUUGAGCAGACUCGUUCCUUGCUUGCGAAGAAUGUUCCCAACACUUUAAAGCCAAAAGUUGUGUGAUUUGGCAAAUCAAGUAUUUUAGUUUCCCUCAGAUUCAAUGAUUCACGAACCAUCUUUAUUUAGCAUAUUCAAUUUAAUCAUAGGAAAUAGACUGUGCCAUUGAAAAAUUUGUUACUUCAUGAAUAGGAGAUUAAAAUACGGCUUUAAAGUUUAAAUAUGAUUAUUAUUCAAGACAUGCUUCCAAAUGGAAAUUUGUGUUUAAACUUACAUGCUAAGUCACUUGUAUGUCAUUUAUAAUAUUUGCUUUCUCACUUUUGAUGUAAAAUUCUAUGUUCAAUAAAUGGAAGUUGUAGUAUUUUUUUCUGGCA